AUGUCGAAAUUGCCAAGACGUCGUUCUCAUUCUCGCAACGUGCAGAUUUCGUUGCGACGUUUAGGUUUACUCGACAAAACUGUUGAUCACAGUAACGAAAGUUCCACAGAAUCAGAUGAGGAAGAAAUGAAAAUGAACGAAGACUCUUUUGAUAUGUCAACAAACUUCAAUGAUCAAGUUACGUUAAAUGAUAUAUCAGACAUUUUUGAAAUAUGUAAAAAUAAUUGUAGUUAUAAAUUUAUAAGUGUUUUGUUGUACAUGAGUUUAAGACAUUUUAAAAUAACAUGGCGGGAUUGUGAUUUAUUUAUGAAAGAAAUUGGUGCAUUGUCAAGUCAAACAUGCCAGAACUGGACUGAUAUUUUUAUAUCUGGUGAUUUCGAUCAGUUUUUCACAGAUAAUCGAGGGGGAAAGCGUAUCGAGAACUUUUAUGAAGGAUUUCCCGAACUCGAAUUAGAAGCAAAAUUAUUUGCAAUUGAACGCUGUCGUAAUAAAUCAGCUGAUUUUACAGCAUGGGAUUUAGCUAAUUUUGUUGAUCAAAAAUAUUAUGAAAUAACAAAUACAACUAAAGAUAAGAAUGCU